AAGCUUUGGACCCUGCGCCAACCCGCCGAGCACCAGCCUGGGAAGAGGGGCGCGGGAGAUCCUGCAGAAGGGGCAGCAAGCUGCCUGAUUGACAGCCCGAAAUCUGAUCUUGUGAAAGAGACGCGGAACCAAUGGGAGGCAGCGAUCCAUCAGUUUGGAUUGGAGGCCCCUGGAGGAGAAGUAGAGGAAAAACCACCGAAUUGAGCUCUGUCAGAGGCGCUUUCGGCUUCCAAGGGGGACGUGCUGGGCAAUAAUUAAUGUUUUUAUUAAAUUUGGAGGGAAUUUUUUUGCAGCAGUUUGCCUAGCGUGGCCUUCAGGUUGAUAGAAGUCCAGAUCCCGAGGAAAUCUCCAGCUAAAUGCUGAAAAUAUAAAACACUGAGCUGAGAUUUGUGAAGAGCAGCAGAAUGGAUGGAUUUUAUGACCAGCAAGUGCCUUACAUGGUCACCAAUAAUCAGCGUGGGAGAAAUUGUAACGAGAGACCAACAAAUGUCAGGAAAAGAAAAUUCAUUAACAGAGAUCUGGCUCAUGAUUCAGAAGAACUCUUUCAAGAUCUAAGUCAAUUACAGGAAACGUGGCUUGCAGAAGCUCAGGUACCUGACAAUGAUGAGCAGUUUGUGCCAGACUAUCAGGCUGAAAGUUUGGCUUUUCAUGGCCUACCACUGAAAAUCAAGAAAGAACCCCACAGCCCAUGUUCAGAACUCGGCUCUGCCUGCAGUCAAGAGCAGCCCUUUAAAUUCAGCUAUGGAGAAAAGUGCCUGUACAAUGUCAGUGCCUAUGAUCAGAAGCCGCAAGUGGGAAUGAGGCCCUCCAACCCCCCAAGCCCUCCCAGCACCCCCGUGUCCCCACUGCAUCAUGGGUCUCCGAACGCAACUCACACUCCGAAACCCGACCACGCCUUCCCAGCUCACCUCCCCCCAUCACAGCCCAUGCAAGACAGCAGAUACCCCAUGGACCACAGAUUUCGCCGCCAGCUUUCUGAACCCUGUAACUCCUUUCCUCCUUUGCCUACAAUGCCAAGGGAAGGACGUCCCAUGUACCAACGGCAGAUGUCUGAGCCCAACAUCCCCUUCCCACCUCAAGGCUUUAAGCAGGAGUACCAUGACCCAGUGUAUGAACACAGCACCAUGGUUGGUGGUGCGCCCAGUCAGAGCUUCCCCCCUCCUCUGAUGAUUAAACAGGAACCCAGAGACUUUGCAUAUGAUUCAGAAGUGCCUAGCUGCCACUCCAUUUACAUGAGGCAAGAAGGCUUCCUGGCUCAUCCCGGCAGAACAGAAGGCUGUAUGUUUGAAAAGGGCCCCCGGCAUUUUUAUGAUGACACCUGCGUUGUCCCAGAGAAAUUUGAUGGAGACAUCAAACAAGAGCCAGGAAUGUAUCGGGAGGGACCCACCUACCAGCGGCGGGGGUCACUUCAGCUCUGGCAGUUUCUGGUAGCUCUUCUGGAUGACCCCUCGAAUUCUCAUUUCAUUGCCUGGACUGGGCGAGGCAUGGAAUUUAAACUGAUUGAGCCUGAAGAGGUGGCUCGGCGUUGGGGCAUUCAGAAAAACAGGCCAGCUAUGAACUAUGAUAAACUUAGCCGUUCUCUCCGCUAUUAUUAUGAGAAAGGUAUCAUGCAAAAGGUGGCGGGGGAGAGAUACGUCUACAAAUUCGUGUGCGACCCAGAAGCCCUCUUCUCCAUGGCCUUUCCGGACAACCAGCGCCCGCUGCUGAAGACGGACAUGGAACGUCACAUCAACGAGGAGGACACGGUGCCGCUGUCGCACUUCGACGAGAGCAUGGCCUACAUGCCGGAGGGGGGCUGCUGCAACCCCCACCCCUACAACGAAGGCUACGUGUACUGACGCCGGACAGCCCAGCAGGGCCUCCGCACUCGCCCCCUUUUCGGAAGCUGCAGAGAAUCUGAAUUCUCUUCCAUCUUUGUUUGAUUUCUGUUGUUUGUAUUUUAUUUUUAAAUAAUAAUACACAAAAAGGGGCUUUUCCUGUUGCAUUAUUCUAUGGUCUGCCAUGGACUGCGCACUUUAUUUGUGGGUGGGUGGGAGGAAUCUAAACACUUACUCUGUGUAACAGGAAGGUAACGGGUGAAUGGGCGGGGGAGGGGGGCUGGGGGAUUCCUUUUUACUUUGGCUUGGGAAGGGGUCCUACAGGUUUUAAGUAUGAUGAAGCUAUAUCAUGUUUCUUUGAUUUCAUAACAACAUGAGAAAAUGUUCAUUUCUUCCGGGUAUCUACGGUACAGUUAAUUCACGUUGUGUAAAUAUCCGCUUGGAGACUCUCUGCCUUUGGGCAUCUUCCCCUGUCAUUUCUGCGUCUCUGCAGGGUGUCCAAGAAAAAUGUCAGUUCAAGUGUUAGAAAUGACUGUUUUUGCACCUCUUGUAUUUAGAGAUUGUAUUUGCCGGGUUUUGUUUUGCUUUAUGUGUGACUCACAGAGGAGGACCAUAAUAUGGGUAAUUCUCUCUGAAGUUCAGUAAUCACCGUGACUGUAAAUGAGGGGCACACUUUUGGACUCUGGCUCCAAACUGAGUCACAGGCCAGUAGCAUUACGUGUAUCUGGUGCCACCUUGCUAUGUAGACACAAAUCAUACUGUUGUUUCAAUAUUUUAAAGCCUGUUUCAGUUGAGUAAUGGUACAUCAUGGUCCUUGAGAUCUUCAUUUACAUGUUAAAUCUGGGAUCACCAUGAUGCAAAAAAACCUGUCUUUUCACUUUUUUCAGUACGUAAAAAUAUUAUUUAAUCAGUAAGAAUUAACUGUACUAAAUCACAUAUUAUGCUGUUCUAGAUACAGCAAGCACUCCUUAAGAAAAAUAUCCAGUACACUAAAUAGGUACUAUAGUAAUUUUUAGAGAUGGUACCCAUUGAUAUGCAUCUAAAUCUUUUACUGCUGUGUUAUGUUGAUAACAUAUAAAUAUUAGAUAAUGCUAAUGCUUCUGCUGCUGUCUUUUCUGUAAUAUUCUCUUUCAUGCUGAAUUUACUAUGACCAUUUAUAAGCAAUGCAGUUAACUACACAUAGCAUUUCAGGACAAAAUAGAUGACUCAAACCAUUUAUUGCUUAAAAACUAGCUUACGCCAUGCUAUGCUCUAAGCAGCUUUUAUGCACAUUGACAAAUGAAGAGUAAGCUUCAGCUUGCUAAGGGAAACUGUGGAAACUUUUGUAACAUUCAGUGACAUGGAAAAUUAUUUACAGACAGUAGAUAAGGAAGUUGCUGUGUGACAUAGUGCUGGCACUGAGAUGAUCUGUCCCUCGUCUUGUUUUGGACACGCAUGUGAUUGCAUUGUCUGAAAGAAGAUUUUUUAAAGUUUCAGAGGUUUUCGUUUUGUUUUUCUUUUGCAUUUGGAGAAAAUAUUUAAAACAGGAUAUGUUGUACCAUUCACCUUGAAAAAACCACAAGUAAAGGGUUUUAUCGUAUCUCUAAAUAGCUUGCUAAAUGACUCAAGCAAGAAAUGUGAGUUUGGUUCAGUCCACCAAUAUCUUAAAGGGACGACAUUUUUUAAAGAGUGUAUAUCAAAGUGUUCAAAAAAAAAUCCCACACAAAUCCGAAAUCAACCUCAGAAAGCACUUCACCGAGUACAGGACAGAUCGUGGGAAGAUCCGUCUCCUGGCUGCCCAUUUUCCCACACAUCUCUAAAUUGAACAGCUAUUGGCAGACCCACAUACCAUAAUCACUAUUAUUUAUAUUUAAUCCCACAAAAAAUCCUAAUUUCAGUAUAUAUGUAUGUAACCUGUCAUUUCAAUAAUUAUUCCACACAUGCAUUAUAUAUCAUUAGGCCCACUGUGGGCUAAGAAGGAUGCCUUAAAAAUCUGAACUUUUAUCCCCCUCACUUUGCUCAUGUGGCCAUUUACUAAAAACAAAUUUUAAAUUAUUCAACUAAAUUUAUACUGGAAAAAGAAUUGACAUAUUUGAAGAAAUUGAAAGUGGGUCUUUACAAUAUGAUCUAAAUGAAAAUGUAUUGAGGAUUCUGUUUCUAUUUUCUCUCUUUUUUAAAAUUCUCUAGUUUGCCAGUGGGGAAGAUUUGGGCUAUGAGUUAUCUUAAGAAAUCAAAGGAAGAAUCAGUUUCACUUAUAUAAUAUUUAAGACAAACUAUAUAUUUUGCUGUUUAAGGUAGUGACUCACUGAAUGAAAUAAUUGACCAACAUUAAGGUAUUUCCAAUACAGAAGGGUUUAAAACAUUGCAUUAUAAACUUUUGGGAAAUGUAUAUAAAAUUUUUUUAAGUUCUGUUUUCAUUCUACUUUUUGUUUGGUUGUGUUUUUAUUUUCAGAUAGAUUAAUAAAUCUGGCAGCUGAUUUCUGCAAGAUUCUUGUGUUCUGAAUUUCUAACUGAAUUGGCUACUCCUACACAGAAAUCCAUUCAUAAUGUAACAUUUCCCUUCAACUUGGUAAGAGUCACUGAAAGAAAUAUCUCCCCUAGUAUUUGCUUCCUCUUGAUGACAUGCUAAUACCCAGCAGACUAAUUCCAACAAAGAACGUUAAAUCCCAUAUAGCUAGUGAAAAAUAUUUUUUUCUUAAAUUAUGCCUAUUAAAAGUGCUUAAAUAAAAAUCUGCAAGGCUGACAGUGCAGAGCAAUGUUCUCAAAUAAUAGAAGGAUCUGGGAGGUCAUUUAGUGAAAUCUUUUUAUGGAUUGCACAGGCAUACCUCGCUUUAUUGCACUUUGCUUUAUUGUGCUUCACAGGAGUGGCACUUUUUACAAACUGAAGGCAAGACCCUCCACCAGCAAAAAGAUUAUGCCUUGCUUUGCUGAGAUGCUGGCUUUAUUACAGCGGCCUGGAAUGGAACCUGCAAUAUCUCCGAGGUAUGCCUGUAUUAGUUUCCCGUAGAUGCUGUAACAAAUUAACCACAAAUUCAUUAGCUUAAAGUAGCACAAAUUUACCCUCAUAGUUCUGGAGAGCAGAAGUUCGAAAAGAGUCUAAAAGGGCUAAAGUCAAGAUGUCUGCUGGGCUUGUUUCUUGGGAAGGGUCCAGGGGCCAACUCCAUUCUAGCAUCUUCCACUUUUAGAGGCCGAUGACAGCUCCCCUGGCUUUUGACUCCAUCACUCCAAUCUCUUCUUUUAAAAAAAAAACACUAAAUUUUUGGGGGUAACAUUGGUUGAUAAAAUUAUAUAGGUUUCAGGUGUACAAGUCUAACACAUCACCUGUAUAUUGCAUUGUGUGUUCUCAAUCUCUGAUUCUGUGGCCACAUCUCUUUCCCCCCUACUAUAGUCAAUUUGUCUUCUGCUUCCUUCUUAUAAGGACACUUGUGAUUACAUUUGGGGUCCACCCAGAUAAUCCCAGGUGAUCUCCCCAUGAUCUUUAAAUUAAGCGCAUCUUCAAAGUCCCUUUUGCCAGAUUAGUUAUCAUUCACAGAUUCCCGUGGUCAGCACAUGGAUAUGGGGGUCAGGGGGCUGCUGUUGCUCAUCCCACCACACAGGUGAAGAUGCUGUAUAGUAAACACACUGAUUGACUUACCUACAGACAGAUGCGUUCUAGUGAGUGAACUAUGAUUAGAAAUUAUUGAAGAACAUUUUUGUGUACCAUCGAGACAGUUUCACUCUGCAGAAACGGUACCGAAGGCCUUCUAUAUUAAAGCUCACCCAUUCCACCAAAGUAAUAUCUGGUAAUUGCGUCAAGCUGUUCGAUUGCUUAAUUCCCUUUCCUGUAAACAUGUAAUGAGAGGGGGACAAAAAGGCGUGAUCAUUACAGAGUAGUAGCACAGUUAAUUGUGUUGUCCAAGCCAGGUAUUUUUAAAAAUACAUUUCUUUUGGUGCUAGCAUGAGUUGUUACUAUGCAAUCUUAAUAUCAGCAACUGAUUUCUAUUAGGUAUGAAUAAUGUAUAGAAUAUCUUUGUUACUAAAAAGAACAAUUCUGAAAUAUGAGUCAACUUAUCUUUCUAUGACAAGGAAAGAAACCUGUCACCCAAUAUCAUUGCAUUUGGCUAGAUCAUAGGAGCUGUAAAAGGAGCCACUCGGUCUGCCAGGCAGCAUUUUCAGAGCUGGUAACAGCAACAACAUUGGAGAGGAAACCAGUCGCGUGCUUCUCACUUGGUAUCUUGAAAGACAAAACCUAAAACUGAAAAAUAAGAGGCGAGCUUGAGCUAUUUUCCAGUUGCACUUUGAUAUGAAGAAGGGAAAAAAUAGAGUUAUUUUAAAAACCAUAGAAAUUAGAUAAAAAUAAUGGAAAAAGUUAAAGAAGGCAAAUGGACAUAUUGUGAUAAGACGUGUGUAAAAGCUAAGUUUCCAUGAAGUAUCAGUGGUAGACAUGACACUGAAGAAUCUGGCAAAUUGACUCAGAAUGCAACUAGUACUUCUAGUUGCUUCUAGGACUUGACUUUUUUUUUUUAAAUAAACAUGAUUUAUUUAGAAAAAUGAGUUUAUGGAAAAAAUACAGUUUAAGAAGAGAGAAUUUGAUUAGAGUAGUGACUGCCUUUAUAGAAAUAUUGAUAAU